AUGGCAAAACAACAGCAGAAACGGCUCAGAGUCGUGAUAGUCGGCGGCUCUGUUGCCGGCCUCACCCUUGCCCACUCCCUCGUGAAAGCUGGGAUUGACUUCGUGGUACUGGAAUCGAACUCCGAAAUUGCGCCCCAGGUAGGAGCAUCAAUUGGCAUUCUACCGAACGGAGCUCGAAUCCUCGAUCAAGUGGGUGUUUGGGACGACGUUUACACGGAAGUCGAACCGCUGCAUACCUCCUUUACGUGGACCGAGAAGGGUCGGCUCAUUACCACGGGAAAUAUUCCCGAGAUUCUUCAUGAAAGACACGGAUACCCUACUGCCUUUCUGGAUCGGCAGGUUCUGCUGGAAAAGCUGUAUAACCACCUGGGCUGUAACCAGCACAAGGUGCAUGUGAACAAAAAGGCUACUCAAGUGGAAUACCUAUCCGACAAAGUCAUUGUUCAUUGUCACGACGGCACCUCAUACGAAGGAGACAUUGUAGUAGGAGCCGACGGGGUCCGAAGUACCAUUCGACGCGAGAUGUGGCGGUACAUGGAGUCGAUCUCGCUCAACGAAGAGACAGAAAAAGAGAAGAAAGCCAUGACAUCGGAGUAUUCCUGUGUCUUUGGUAUUUCGACCGCAACACCCGGACUUGCACCUGGAACUAGCCAUCGCACGUACGCUGACGGAUUCUCCUUCUUGAACGUGAUUGGAAAGCAUGGUCGUGUCUUCUGGUUCCUGUUUAUAAAGCUAGAUCGGAGAUAUCCUGCGUCGAACAUUCCUCGAUUCCGGAAAGAAGACAUCCAAGACGAUGUCGCCCCGUUCAUGGAGAAAGCAAUCACGGCCGAUGUACCAUUCUCAGCUAUCUACGACAAGGCUAUAGUCACUACACGUCUGUCUUUAGAAGAAGCAAGCUACCGCCAUUGGACGAAAGGGAGAUUUGCCUGCAUCGGAGAUUCCGCACACAAGAUGACCCCGAACAUGGGCCAAGGGGGCAACAGCGCCAUUGAAAGCGCAGCUUUACUUGCCAAUUACCUCGUCCAGCUGAACAAUCAGAAAGACUUCUCUCAAAGCGCCAUUGAGUCCUGCCUUCAAGCAUGGGAGACAGCCCGUCAACCCCGUGUAAACGCCAUCUGCGAGGGUGCCAACAAGCUAACUCGCACCGAGGCAUUGGCAUCGCCCAAAGACAGAUCCACCGCACUUUAUCUACUUCCAUGGAUGCAAAGAUUCCUCGCCGACAAGUUGUCUAGGGGCUUCAUCGGGGCCGAAAAACUUGACUUUCUCCCUGAUCCGCCCCAGUCGGCAAAAGCUACUAUUCCAUUCAUACAACACUACGAUCGUCUUUCCGAAUCGAUCUGGAAACGGGCUCUCUGGACACUACCGCUCCUGGGAUGUUAUAAGCUCGGAUCUGCUGCCAUGGACUCUACGUUGGGUCAUGUUCUUCCGUUCCUUCGCACUGUGCUGGAAAAAGGCACUUGGGCAUCCAGCGCCGGAGAGGUUGUCGACCUCACCCGGCCAAUCUAUCAUGUUCCCUUCCUCGAUAAAAUGCUCCGGCCUAUGAUCACCUGCUUUCUGCCCUCUAUAACAGGCUCAGAUGCCUUGUCACGCGCGCAGAUGCUCUCCUUCAUGGUCGAUAUAGGUCCUGUCUAUGUGAUAUGGCUGUUGGAAAGUUCUCGUCGAGCCCACUCGUGGGCUGAGGUCGUCUUUCCGGUCAUGUUUGGAACGGCGUUUCAAUUCCUCGGAAUCGGGAAGAUCGCGCCGCUCUACUAUGCUCUCGAUUAUCUGCGGGCCCCUCUAUCGAAAGUCAUCCUUGGGAUGAACAGAUCCAUCGACAAAUCGGUUCUUACCUCUCUCCCAAUCGCUCUGUUGGCUGGAUACUACAUUCCCACGCUCGGAUGCUUCUUCGCCUCUGGAGCCAGCACAAAACAGACAUAUAAUGCCAUCUGGCAGCUCUUUCCCAUCCUCAUACCUCUUCUACAGGCUCCAUUCCGACUGUCUGGCUUCUUCAAAGAGCCGUCGUCACGCUCGCACAACAAUGAAUCGAAAGCACAGACAGCAGAUUCAACGACCAAGACCCAGCAUUCAGGAAUCGCUGAAAUCAGAAAAACCUACAUCCCGCUUGCUGUACUCUCAGGGCUGACAUUCAUUUACUCUCGAUUCACAGCCCCUGCUGGGUCUUCUGUCCUUGAUAUCUUUUUCCCGAAAACAAUGGGACAAAGUGCUCCGAUCACCUCUUUCAGCCAGGGCAUCGCGCGGUUCUUGCAGUACGAUGAGAUAUUUGGACUUGGAAGCGGGCUUAUCUGGCUUGGACUCCGAUUUAGGGAGCUACGGGAGCUUGGGGUAUCUGUGAACUGGUGGAAAUUGCUCGGUGGGUUGAUCGGUGUCGGAUUCAUUGCUGGACCUGGAGCUGCGUUUACGGUUGGUUGGGGGGUAAGAGAGGAGCUUCUUUAUCGGGUUUGUUGA